CAUCGCCAAGCAGCUUCUUUUUGUACUUUGUCUGGCCGACAACUUUGGUGUCGCAUUGGUGCUUCCUUUGCCGGUGCGUUUGCGCGACACCGUUUCUUCCCUAUCUCCGUCCCUUGGCCGAGAACACCCAAAUUCGAGAACCAAAAAUCUCCUUCUUUUCUACUGAUUCGAGCGAGUGGAACGAAGAGGGCAGAUGAAAGACGCCUUUGGCUUUUGGUCACUUGCGUCAGGUGGGAACUCAGUCUCUGCUUGGUUGUUCCUCAGAUGUGCAGGCUGGGUUCACUGAGGCAUGACUUGUCUGUUAUGAUUUGCAGCUAUGCUUCCUCUUAGGGACUUUUGGAGGAAGCAUAAGAGAAAGGUGUACGUUUCGAUAGGGAUUUUGGGGAGUGGGUAUGUUUUGUACAAGCUUUAUGACAGUCAGAGAGAGAGAAUCGCAGCCUUGGAGAGAGAGCUUGAAAAACAGCAUGAAGCCGAUGAGAGGAUUAAAGCACAAAUGCAGGCCUCGUUUGCUAGCAUCCAGUGGAUUUCGGAUACGACCACCCUCCCUUCCGUGAUGAACGAUCUUAGGAUUCGGAUGUCUGAAGAGUUACAUCUGUCAGAAUUAAGAGAUAGGCUAAACCAAGGAAGAAGCCAACCCAACAGACUGACAGCAAGAGAGAAGCUGGAAUUGUGGGAGAGACUGAAAAUUCUUAGCUUCACAAAAGCUAUGACAUCAUUAUGGGCGGUGAACAUGCUCACUUUGUUUGUCAGAGUUAUUUAUAAUGUCUUAGGAAGGCAUCUGUACAUCGACACUGCCAGGGGUGUUGGAAGCAUCGAACAACUGAGUGAGGCUGACUCCCUAGACUCGCUUGGUCACCACGAGUUCCUUUCUUCUGCGGAUUAUCUGUGGAAGUACAGCUUGGGUGCUUUGAUUCUCGAUAUGCAGAAGGCAAUCACUGAAGUUCUCAAUGGGAGGCAGCUGACUGAGCUUUUCAGCAUGCCACAGCUUCAUGACACCAUCAUGGAGAUGCUGGACACCAUGAGAAAGGAAAAUGCUAGCUCAUACCACUGGGUUCCCUAUCUCCUGCCUGACAAUGCCAGCACAGAUGACCCAUCUUCUGCCACAUCAUCUCAUGCAGAUUCUGGCCCCACCACAAAACUUGAGCUACUUAUCAUGGAGACACGCAGUGUCCUAUCCAGUGAUGAGUUCUCUAAGGUGGUGGAUAUUUCUUUGAGAGAGAUGGUGAAUGGCUUGAUGGAGCAGAUGGAAAUGCAAGUUUAUGCAAACGCUUCUGCUGCAUCGUCCUCUUCUGGGGUCCCAUUGGUGAAGCUUGUGCCGCGGAUUAUUGAGUUGUGCAACCACCUUUUGGAAGAACCAAGCAAGAACACAUUCAUUCACAGAAUCCAGAGUUUGCCAGAAUUAGACGUCUUCUGUAAAGUCCUGUUUGCUGGUGCACCGCUUGUUGCAUAAAAUGGUAAAAUUACUAGAUUUUUUGCUUCAAUUUAGUUCAUUAUUUGUGGAUGAAGUCCCUUGAGCAACGUUGGAAUUAAGCUUAAUGUCUGAAAUUGAUUUCCAAAUUAUGUACAAACAAUAUUUAGGAAGUGGAUGAGAAUUCUGUUCA